UUUUCAUUAUUUCAUUAUCGAAUCUUCUUCCUGCCUAUCGUCUUCUUUAGCACCAGAUAUAGCACUGAGAAGAGAAAAUGACCGCGAAAUGCUGCUUGGUUACCAUCUUUCCUCUGCUGAUCGCAGCUGUUUGGCUGGCCUCAGCAAGUGCAACCUCCACCGGCAGAGAGCCGAAACAGUUGUUGUUUCCUACUCCUUUUUACCGCGUUCAACCCGUGAUGGAAUCUCGUUUUGGACCUGGUCCCCGUCAAUCGAAUUCGCCAAUUAAUCCAAUGAUCGGACAACAAGGUUUGGGACCGUUUUUCGGUUAUUUCCCGAAUCUUUUGACUCAACCCUGCCCGGCUUGUGCUGCUUGCGAUGUAUGCCCCAACUGCACGGUCUGUCCAGAAGUAAUUCCACCGCCUCCUCCCGGAAAUAUUACUACUUGCGGCGAAGGACCAGACUCAGGGGCGUCCGCAUCUCCCAACGGAACCAUCUCCGUUAGCGUAACAGCAACAUCAAGCAACAUCGUUUGCGCGUACACUUUGGUCGCUUAUUACCCCAAAACCAAUGUCAAGCUUACAUGCACUUCGUUGGGAAGCAGCACCACGCUCUCCGUGUUUCCUCUUGUUACGCCAGUUACAGUUGGUGCGGUCAACACAGCUUACACUUCAAAGGCGAACUUUCUGAUUUUCAGUUUCAAUAACGCUCCGGGCAACACCAAAGAUCUCACAGCCGAAUGCGUUUGGGAAAACGUCCCACAGGCAUAAAAACCCGAAGAUUGUCUGAAAGCUCUCUGGCACUCUAUUAUCUUCAUUACAUGUCACGUUUACGUAACUUUGAUUUAUGGACACUGCAAUAAUUCGUGUAUCAUUAUCGUUGCGUACUUUGACUUUUCUUUUAUAAUGUAACCAUGAAAUAACUCCUUUAAUGCUCAAUACUGGAUUUGGACAAUAAUAUAAUUUAUAGCAGCAGGAUA